CCCGGAGCCCCGGCCCGCGAAGUCUCUCCCGCUUCGCUCGCCCGCUCAGGGUCUCGCCCGGAGACUCCGCCACCGAGCAGGAAGCGCCCGCCGUCCCCCAGGCGGAGAAGGACGGCGACGGGAACCGGCGGGGCCCAGGGCUCGUCGGAGGAGCCGAAUCGGGGCUGCCGCUGGCUUCCCAACUUCUCUCCGUCCCGGUGGGAAGUGGGAUCUAACUGGGAGCCGAGGGGCGCCUGCGGGGCGCGCGCCCUUCCCGUCUCGGCGCGCCCUUCCCCUUCUCCGCGGCUUGGCGGGGACCCGGUCCCUGCUUCGUCGGAGCCCUUUCUUCGCCGCUGCCCGGAGGAGGAGGAGGCGGAGAAGGAGGCGGAGGCGCCUUUUCCCCGCCUCGAAGGGGCCGCCGAGCAGCGCGCCAAGCGGCUCUCCUCGCCACUGCGCCUCGCCGGACAAGAAGCGCCACAGGCUCGGGAAGAAGGAGGAAGGAAGGAAGCGAGCGAGCGAGCGAGCGCGGUUUGCUGCCUCUCCGCCCCCGCCGCCCCUACACCAUCCCCCGUGGGCGCCCCGGGCCAAGAGUCUCCCGCAGCCGCCAUGCGCCCCUCGCGGCCCGCCCGUCGGGGGCGCCGCCUCCUCCUCGCCGGGCUCUGCUAAGCGCCCGCCUCGCUUCCGCCGCUCUGCUCCGGGCAUGGCGGGCGCAGCAGGGGCCGCCGCGCUGCAGCCGCCGCCUCCGCCACCUCCCGCGGCCCCGCCGUCGUGGUACCACAAGGACCUGAGCCGCGCUGCGGCCGAAGAGCUCCUGGCCCGCGCGGGGCGCGACGGCAGCUUCUUGGUGCGCGACAGCGAGAGCGUGGCCGGAGCCUACGCCCUGUGCGUGCUAUUCCAGAAGCACGUCCACACCUACCGGAUCUUGCCGGACGAAGAGGAUUUCCUGGCUGUGCAGACAUCUCAAGGGGUCCAGGUGAGGCGGUUCAAGACCCUGAGCGACCUCAUCACCCUCUACCUGCAGCCGAACCAAGGCCUCGUCUGCACGCUGCUCUUCCCUGUGGAACGGGAGAAGGACAAGGAGAAUGUGGAGGACAGGGACUACUCAGAUGGGGAGGACGAGAAGCCCCCGCUGCCGCCCCGAUCAGGGUCCACCAGCCUUCCUGUUGGCAGCACUGCCGCCGGCCUGGCUAGCAACGCCCCUGCUGUGCAGGAUGGAGCACUCGAAAGCGCCACCAACGGGCUGAGCACCGUUUCCCACGAGUACCUGAAAGGCAGCUACUCCCUCGACCUGGAGGCUGUGAAGGCUGGUGCGAGCAGCCUGCCCCACCUGAACAAAACCCUUGUCACUUCCUGCAAACGCCUGCACAGCGAGGUGGAUAAGGUUUUGUCUGGCUUGGAGAUCCUGUCUAAGGUGUUUGACCAGCAGAGCUCCCCCAUGACCUCCCGGAUCUUGCAGCAGACCGCCAGCCAAACCGGAGAGCAGGAGCUGGAGAGCCUCGUCCUGAAGCUAUCCAUCUUGAAGGACUUCCUGUCCAGUAUUGAGAAAAAGGCUUUGAAAGCUCUCCAGGACAUGAGUUCCACAGCCCAGCCUGGGCUUGCCCUGCCUUCUUCACGAAAAGCAAAGAGCAUUCCUGUCCAGGCAUUUGAGGUGAAGCUGGACCUGACCUUGGGCGACCUCACGAAGAUCGGGAAAUCUCAGAAGUACACCUUGAGCGUGGAUGUGGAAGGUGGGAAGCUUGUUGUGCUGAAGAAGCAGAAGGACUCCCAGGAAGACUGGAACACCUUUGCUCACGACAAGAUCCGCCAGCUGAUCAAAUCCCAGCGGGUGCAGAAUAAGCUGGGAAUCGUCUUUGAGAAGGAGAAAGAGAAGACUCAGCGGAAGGACUUCAUCUUUGUUAGUGCCAGGAAACGCGAGGCAUUCUGCCAACUCCUGCAGCUGAUGAAGAACAGACAUUCGAACCAGGACGAGCCGGACAUGAUUUCCAUCUUCAUUGGCACAUGGAAUAUGGGCAGCGUGCCGCCUCCCAAGAACAUCACCUCCUGGUUUGCCUCGAAGGGUCUGGGCAAGACGCUGGACGAGAUGACCGUCACCAUCCCCCACGACAUCUACGUCUUCGGCACCCAGGAGAACUCCAUGGGGGACAAGGAGUGGGUGGACUUUGUGCGCGGAGUCCUCAAGGAGUUCACGGAAAUAGAGUACCGGCCGAUCGCCAUGCAGUCCCUGUGGAACAUUAAAAUAGCCGUCCUGGUGAAACCAGAACAUGAGAACCGGAUCAGCCAUGUCAGCACCUCCAGCGUGAAAACCGGGAUCGCCAACACUCUGGGCAAUAAGGGGGCUGUCGGUGUCUCCUUCAUGUUCAACGGCACGUCGUUUGGGUUUGUGAACUGCCACCUCACCUCCGGCAACGAGAAGACAGCCAGGAGGAACCAGAAUUACCUGGACAUCCUUCGUCUCCUCUCCCUGGGCGACAAGCAGCUCAGCUCCUUUGACAUCUCCCUCCGCUUCACUCACCUCUUCUGGUUUGGGGACCUCAAUUACCGCCUGGACAUGGACAUUCAGGAGAUCCUCAGCUACAUCAAUCGCAAGGAGUUUGAGCCGCUCCUCAGGGUGGACCAGCUCAACCUGGAGAAGGAGAAGCACAAGAUCUUCCUGCGAUUUAGCGAGGAGGAGAUCACCUUCCCCCCCACGUACCGCUACGAGAGGGGCUCCCGGGACACCUACGUCUGGCAUAAACAGAAGCCCACUGGGGUGCGGACAAACGUUCCCUCCUGGUGCGACCGCAUCCUCUGGAAGUCCUAUCCAGAAACCCACAUCAACAGCAACUCUUAUGGAUGCACGGACGACAUUGUGAGCAGCGACCAUUCCCCUGUCUUUGCGGCGUUUGAAGUUGGGGUCACGUCCCAGUUUGUUUCCAAGAAAGGUCUCUCUAAAUCUUCAGACCAGGCCUACAUUGAGUUCGAGAGCGUCGAGGCGAUUGUGAAGACGGCCAGCAGGACCAAAUUCUUCAUAGAGUUCUACUCUGCCUGCCUAGAAGAAUUCAAGAAGAGCUUUGAGAACGAUUCGCAGAGCAGCGACAACAUCAACUUCUUGAAAGUGCAGUGGUCGUCCCGGCAGUUGCCGACGCUCAAACCCAUCCUCUCCGACAUUGAAUACCUCCAAGACCAGCACAUCCUCUUGACGGUCAAAUCUCUGGAUGGCUACGAGUCCUAUGGCGAGUGUGUCAUUGCCCUUAAGUCCAUGAUCGGCAGUACUGCCCAGCAGUUCCUCACCUACCUGUCCCACCGUGGCGAGGAGACGGGCAACAUCCGUGGCUCCAUGAAGGUGCGGGUCCCAGCGGAGCGGAUGGGGACCCGCGAGAGGCUCUACGAAUGGAUCAGCAUCGAUAAGGACGAGACGGGAGCCGCCAAAGGGAAACUUCAGCCAGUAGCAACACGGACCAACGUCGACUACACCAAAUCUGUGGGGCGCAAACAUUCCCCUGGGGAUGCCCCGGCGAUGGCCGCCUGCUCUGUUGGGAAGGUCUUAGAUGAUCUGGAGAAGCCCGGCACCCAGACAGCUAGCCGACCGCCGGCUCCCCAUCGUGGCACCUCCAGAGACGAGGCGUCUCAGGGCAGGCCCAGGCCGGAUGCCCCCACGGACCCCGAUGGGCCCCCCUUGAAGAACAGCUUCAACAACCCGGCCUACUACGUCCUGGAGGGGGUCCCGCACCAGCUGCUGGUCUCGGAGCUGCCCCCGGUGACGGCGGCCAAGCCCCCCGCCCCCAGGAACAAAGUCCAGAUCACGUUGCCCAUCCAGGCUGAGCACCGGCGGCCGCAGCAACCCCCCUGCCGGGCGGAAGAGAGCUCAGAGGAGGAGGAGCAAGGGGUCCUCAACCUGCCACCCCCCGACUUCCCACCACCCCCCUUGCCCAAGUUGGUGGAGUUCGACGCCUCCGGGGACCCCUUCUACACACCUGCGGGGACCCGGGUGGAAGAGCAUGGGGCAAGCAAGGCCCGAGCGACCGUGGCCUUCAGCGAGCCCCUGGAGGCCAAGCCCCCCAAGGUGCACCCCAGGCCGGCUCCGUCCCUGGGGCCAGGGUUCCUGGUGGAGCCCCCCAAUGCCCCCCAGGGGCCGGGGGGUCCCCUGGACGACCGCUCCUGCUCCGUCCUCCAGAUGGCCAAGACCCUCAGCGAGGUGGACUAUGCCGGUGGCAGCAACGGUGGCGCGCUGGGGAGGGAGCAGUCAGGGCGGCCCCCAGCGCACCCCCUGACCAAAGUGAGGCUGGAUCUGCCCCACCACCGGUGCAUGCUCCCCGACUACAGCCGCCCCAUCGCCUUCCCGCCACGGUCCAUUCGCGAGAGCAUCGAGGAAGACCUGGCAGAAGAGACCCUUAGCCAGGACGGCCGCAGCAGCUCCAGGCAGAGCGAGUCCAGUGUGGGCGAGUGGCUGAGAGCGAUCGGCAUGGAGAAAUACGAGGAAGGCUUGAUCCACAACGGCUGGGACGACCUUGAGUUCCUCAGCGACAUCACCGACGAGGACUUGGAAGAAGCUGGCAUGAUGGACCCCAAGCACAAGCGCCUCGUUCUCGAGAGCCUGAGGCUCAGGAAGUAGCAGGAAUCUCCCUGCCACGCCCCCCCAGGACGCCCCUCCUUCCUUCCUUCCUUCCUUCCUUCCUUCCUUCCUUCCUUCCUUCCUUCCUUCCUUCCUUCCUUCCGUUUUGAGCCCCUUCUCUUUCUCGCCCACCCUGUCCACUCCUGCCACCUGUGAGAUGUCGGGGCGGCUGGCAGAGCAUCAAGGAGCAGGUCUCCCCUCCUCCAGCCCCCCCCCCGGAGGGGAGGGACGAUGGCAGAGCCAGACGGACACCCCAAAGGUGUCCCCAAGACUUGGAGCCGACUGCGAGGUUGCUGAAGACCCAGUGCUGGCGCUUCCACGCCCCUCCUUGGCUCCUGCAAGGAUCGGGACCCUCCCAGGCGGGAAACGGGGAAGCGCAAGUGGUCCAGGCUAAGCAUUUCAGAUCAGCACCCAUAAACGCCCCUUCCCUCCUCUCUCCCCCCACCUCCACCCACAACCCCUUUCCAACUUUCCUCUCUGUGCUGCUGGUUAAAUUAUUCUUAUUUAUUACAGCGAAAGAAGGAUCCUUGCUUUUUUUUGUUUUGUUUUUGUUUUGCUCUUCCUUUCAGAGAGCCACGUUUCCCCCCCCUCUCCUGCCCUCAAUGUGCCUCUGGACCAGGCACCCCCAAACUGCGACCCUCCAAGUGUUUUGGCCCACAACUCCCAUGAUCCCUAGCUAACAGGACCAGUGUUCGGGGAAGAUGGGAAUUGUAGUCCAAAACAUCUGGAGGGCCGAAGUUUGGGGGUGCCUGCUCUGGACCAACCCUGGUUUAUUGGGCGGGAGUUCCUGAAAUGAGCACCAUUAACCCAGGCCCCUUUUACUGAGGCCAAGGGGCGGGGGGGUGGAUGGGGGGGGGACAAAUCUGCCGACUGUGUUGUGCUCUGCUGGGUGGGUCUUGGCUUUGUGUCUCUCUCUGACCCAGGAACUGCUCUCGGGGGGGGGGGGGGCUUUCAACCUGACUCUGGCCUCCUUGCUGUCUAGGCCCAGUUUUCUCUGGGGCAAUGCAAACAGAGACCUCUCCUUGCCCCGGAAUCCCUCCAGAAGCCUUGGGGAAUUAUUUUUGCCACCCAAGGGACGUUCCAGCCCCGGUUUGCUUCCGAGAGAGGAUCUGCGCCACGCUCUUGUUGCAUCGUUCCACUUGGAAAGGCGUCUCCUUCCCGUGAGCAGCCUGCCGUGGGGCGGUGGGGAGACCCUCCCUCUUCUUCCUCUCAAGCCUAUUUCUUGCCUCCCGAGAAAUAUUAUGCAACCUUCAGGGGCCCACCAGGCAGCCCAAGGUGUUGGCUCACAUGCCUCUUGCUUUUCUAAGCGUUUAGCCUUAAACAGACGCCACCUGCAGCUCUUCGCACAGUGUGUGACAAUCUGCAAAAUAACCUCAGGUGGCCCCAAACGUGUGAGCAAGGCCAGAGCUGUAGCUGGGCGGCAACUAGCCAGGUUUUUUGCCCCAGAUGAAGCCUCCAGAGGGUCAGCAUUGAGGCCCCCAGCGCAGCGGGGUUUUUUUUUUUGCCAAACUGAGUCUUUGCCCCGGGUGAAAUAAAAGCCUAGCUUUGCCCCUGGCAAGAAAGUCUGCCGGGCCAAUCCUGCAGGGGUGCUUUGCAGAGAUUGAGAAGCUCAUUCAGACACAGGGGCCAGGUAAGCAAGCAGCACCCCAGAGCAGCCAAUCAAGUGGAGCCAGCCAAUGGGGGCGCACGGGAUGCCUCCGCAAGGCGGGACGAAUGCAGAACGGCUCACCUCUGCUGCUAGAGAGAGAGAGGGGUGGGGGCACUGGCUCUGCGAGAUCAGUCGUUGUGGGGCAGGGUUUCUCAAACUUGGGUCCCCAGCUGGCCCUCGACUACAACUCCCGUCGUCCCUAGCUAGCAGGACCAGUGGUCAUCGAUGAGGGGAGUUGUAGCCCAAACACAGCUGGGGACCCAAGUCUGAGAAGCACUGCUCUGGGGUGUGGCUCAUAUGCUUCUCACCGCUACACGGUUUGUGUCUUGAUCAGGUCAACAGGUCAGGGUUCCUGGCAGGGCCAGCGCUUCCAUUAAGGCGAACUAGGCCACGGCCUAGGGCGCCAAAAUGGAGGGGGCGCUGACCAGGCUGCCCGCUGGUGCUGCCUGGGGCUGCCUCAGGCCGCUAUACGGAGGCGC